AUCGGGGCCGCAAACCAACUCCUCCGUGGCGCCCUUUGGUCCUCUCUUAAAGUAGCGUUCUUCAUUUUCUCUUCUUCUGAAGAUCGAUUACUUCCAUAACAAUAACACUGUGAUUGCUUCAAAUAACCUGUGCAAUUUCACAGUUCACAUCUACAAAAUGGCGAAAUUGUUUACAUUUAGAACAGACACCAGUUUAUCUUGUCUUUCACAGCACAAAUUUCGCCAUCCCUCCAACAAUCGGUUCUUAAAACCAUCAUCAUCACCGUCUUUACUACAUUAUAGUAGUGGGUUUGCAAAGGUUUCUUGUAGCAUCAAGGAGAAAGAAAAUAUCGCAGAAAACGAGAGGGUAUCUCCGAUAGUUACUGGGCUAAGAGUUGAUGAUGAAUUGGGGGAGAAAUCUGGAGAUGGGUUUGAGAAAUUAGGGUUUGGAAACUUGAACUGGCCCCCUUGGAAGAAUGUUCCUCAAAGAUAUAAACUCAUUGGCACUACUUCACUUGCUUUUGUUAUUUGCAACAUGGAUAAGGUAAACUUGAGCAUUGCCAUUAUUCCCAUGUCACAUCAGUUCGGAUGGAGCUCAUCAGUGGCAGGAUUAGUACAGUCAUCUUUCUUUUGGGGGUACGCGAUGAGUCAGUUGCCGGGUGGUUGGCUUUCAAAAAUAUUUGGUGGGAGGGUAAUUCUUCAGUUUGGUGUUCUGGCCUGGUCACUUGCCACAGCACUCGUUCCUUUGGUUGCUGGCUUCAUGCCUGGACUUGUUUUUACGAGAAUUCUUGUUGGAAUUGGGGAAGGAGUAUCGCCAUCAGCUGCCACUGAUCUGAUUGCCAGGUUAAUUCCGUUGGAAGAGCGCUCACGGGCAGUAUCAUUUGUAUUUGGUGGUCUAAGUGUUGGAAGUGUCUUGGGGCUUCUUUUGGCUCCUCCUCUGAUUGAAUCUUUUGGCUGGGAAUCUGUAUUCUACAUGUUUGGCUUGUUUGGAAUAGUGUGGUUUUUGGGUUUUCAGUUUGUUGCAGAAGACCAACCUUCGAUCAACUCUGCAUCUUUAUCGCCGUCUCAGCCAAAUCCCAAGGCAAAAUCAUGGGAAACUUCUAUGGAGGAGUUCGGUGGCUCCCUAAACGUGCCAUGGAAGUCUUUUUUCCAAAGUAAAGCCGUAUGGGCGAUGAUAUAUGCUCAUUUUUGUGGAAGCUGGGGUCAUUAUUGCUGUUUGUCUUGGCUUCCUACUUAUUUCAGUGAGGAGCUGGACCUGAAUUUAACAGAAGCUGCAUGGGUUUCCGUUCUUCCUCCACUAGCUUCAGUUGUUGUUACGAGCUUCGCUUCACAAUUUGCAGAUAGCUUAAUAUCAAAUGGAGUCGAAACAACAGUGGUGCGCAAGAUAUGCCAAACAAUUGCAUUUUUGUCUCCUGCAGCGUGUAUGAUUUUGUCGUCUGUCGAUUUGGGCUUGCCCCCUUGGGAAGUCGUCGCUAUCCUUACUGGUGGUUUAGCUUUAUCAAGCUUUGCAUUGUCAGGACUUUAUUGUACCCAUCAAGACAUAUCACCUGAAUACGCAAGCAUACUCUUGGGCAUUACCAAUACCGUAGGGGCAGUUCCUGGAAUUGUAGGUGUUGCUCUUACUGGAUAUCUUCUUGAUUCAACACAUUCAUGGAGUAUGUCACUCUUUGCACCAUCGAUUUUCUUCUACCUCACUGGUACCAUUGUAUGGUUAGCAUUAGCAAGCAGUAAGCCUCAAACUUUCAAGAAGAUUGAUUAAAGCACAAGACUUUAUUGACUACCACUAACUUUGGAUACCUUCAACAAUUUUGAAUAGAAGGUGACCAACUUUCACUAACCAAACUGUAUUCAUAUGAAAUCAUAGCUAUAAAAACAUCUUAUAACUCUAGAUUAUGUAUAAUUCUUGUAUAUUUUUUGGUUUGAAGGUAUUCAGUUAUAAAAGUUCAUAU